AUGAGGAUCUUCCAGGCUGGCUCUCUCGCUGUUGCUCUCUCUGUUUUUACAGGAGCAUCCGCUUCCGUCUUUCAGAACCACACCUAUGACUACAUUGUGGUUGGCGGUGGUCCUUCCGGGAUCAUCAGCGCCGAGAAAUUUGCCCAGGCUGGAAAGAAAGUCCUGCUCCUGGAGCGAGGUGUCGGUCCAACUGUAACCACUGGUAACAAUGAAACCCUACUAUGGAACCACUCAUUGACGCCCAUCGAUCUUCCGGGACUGUCGGCCGACAUUGGUUCGCUCGAUGUCUGGAACCAGUACAUGUGCACUGACACUGCUGGCAAUGCUGCCUGUGUGCUCGGCGGUGGCGUAACGGUCAACUACAUGGUUUUCGUCCACCCCCCAGCCCGUGACUUUGACGACAAAUGGCCCAAGGGCUGGAAAUGGAAGGAUGUCGAGUCGGCUGCAGACAGACUCUACAAGCGCAACCCCGGUACGACCUUGCCCUCUGCCGACGGCAAGCGAUAUGACCAGGGUCUUUAUGGUGUAUUGUCCAAGUUCCUCGGCGGUCUUGGCUGGAAGUCGGUGGAUAUGAUCGCUGAGCCGAACGAGAAACACCAGGUCUACAGCUACCCGUCCUGGAACGUGCAGAAUCAGAUGCGUGCUGGUCCCGUUCGCACUUAUCUUCCCGAUGCUACCAAGCUAGACAACUUCCACCUUGCCCUGCGAACGAAAGCGAUUCGCUUGGUCCGUUCUGGUAGUAAGGUCACCGGCGUCGAGGUUCAGACUGCCUCGGGCCGCUCGGAGAUCAUCACCGUUGCUCCCCAUGGUCGUGUCGUACUGGCUGCCGGCGCCCUUUCUACUCCGCGUCUGCUGUGGAAUUCUGGUAUUGGAGCCAGGGCCCAAAUCGAAACUGCCAAGAAGAGCGGUGUCGCAGUUCCUCCCAAGGCUCAGUGGAUUAACCUGCCUGUCGGUCUCGGUCUCAAAGACCACCCAAUUUUCUCGAUUAUCUUCAACACCAACGCCUCAUUUGGUCUUGUCGACUAUGAGGGCGUACUGAAUGGAACUGACUCUCGCGAUAUCUCUCUCUACCGCAAGCACAGCGGCGUCCUGACUCAGGGCAAGCACCGCAUGAUCUUUUUCACCUCAGAGGAGAUUGAUGGCCACACUCAGUAUUACCAGGGCUCGUGCGCGCCUACUGACGAGGGCGUGGUAACCAUCACUGCGUAUAUGACUCACGGUCUCACCUCAUCCGGUGUCUUGGGGCUUGAUGCCAGAGGAAACACUGUUAUUGAAAAGUCGCCCUACCUUCAGACCGCUGCUGACCGAAAAGCUGCCCGGACUUUUAUUCACAAGAUGGUCAAGGAGAUCACCGCCCCCUCCACCGGCUUUGAGCUUGAGACUUACACCAAUGUCUCGGCCAUCCUAAAGUCUCAGACCCCUGGUACGCACUACACUAGUACUGCAAAGAUGGGUACCGACGAUGGCCGCAAGAACGGCACUUCCGUUGUCGAUACCAACACCAAGGUUUAUGGAGUGGAUAACUUGUUCAUUGUUGAUGCCAGUAUCCAUCCCGACCUCCCGACUGGUAAUAUUCAAACUGCCGUCAUGGUGGUUGCUGAGGCCGCUGCCGCUAAGAUUUUGUCUCACUAA